CAUCACAAAAUCGUUGCAACAACUAAAACAAUUUCGUUUAUAAUGUUUUCAUUUCAAAUUACGUUUUCAUCUAUCUUUUCUUUUCAUAACGAUAAACUGUAUAAUUGGUGUUCAAUUUCAUUCCAAACACAAUUCUACAAGAGAAAAUAAACAUACACCAAUCUCGAAGUCGUUGAAUAAUAAACCCCAAUAUUUCCUUCUUAUUAUUUCAUAUACAAUCUACCUCUUAAUUUCCCUCGUUCCCCUAUGCCAAUGGAGACCAUGACAAGGGAACCGAAUCUUUUCAGGAGUCAAUGGUGGAACAGUUUCUUCAAAAUUGCACAAGUUGGUCUACGAAUUUUAGUAACCGGAUUUGCAACAACUUCUAUUGCCACGAUGUUGACUAGCAAUCAAGAAAUCUACAUGCCUUACGAUGAGACAUAUAUAGCAGUUGCGAAAGCCCAUUACAGUUACUCAUCAGGAUUAUGGUACAAAUUGUUAGUAGAUGCAGCGUUAGGUGUUUUCUCUCUACUCUCAUCGAUUCUAGCAUACAAGAUGACGAAAUUCUCUCAUACGGAACCUAAAACAACUCUUCACUUUUUCCUGCUUCUCGUUGAUGGGGUGAUGACGGUGUUGACUAUCUCAGGAUGCGCGGCAGCAUCAGCCGUGGGGAUGGUGGCGCUACGAGGGGUUGAAAAGCCAGGGAUUAGCUGGACUCCAAUAUGUCCACUCGCCAGAAAAUUCUGUGGCAUGAUCACCCUCUCCAUUGCAUCAUCUUAUGCUUCAUUCACUUGCAUGAUGGCACUCACUUUCCUCUCAGCAUGCAAGCUCAUGCUACUAGCAACACACUAAAGGGAUCGUAUAUAUAAAUGUAUUGAUUUGACGUUUAUUUGUUAUUAAAUUACGUUUUAACUGAAGAAAUUGAAAGUCUUCAAGCUUUAACGAAUUAAUAUUGAAUGCCAUAUUUUGUUUAUUUAUAUCAAUUGGAAUUUUUUAUGUUAUAUCUCAUCAAUAAUAUUAUAACAUUUUGUAUUCCAAAAAGUAAUCGCAUUAUUCAAG